ACUACAUUAAAUGGUGUAUGCGGAAGAGUUGAGCUGUAUUUAUUCUCUAUGGUUAACUUAGAAGGAUAGUUCAGCAAAAGAAAAGAAAAGAAAGCCAUCCUUAAUCAAUGUCCUAUUUGUACAGUUGCAUUUGCCAGCAAUGGCCAACCCGACAGAUUCUCUGGAAGCUCUGAAAAAGGAGAUUUCAGCUUUUCUAAGUGAUGGUAACAAGAAAACAGUUGUCCUUUUUGGAGAAGCUGGAGUGGGUAAAACAUGGAUGGCAAAAGAGACAAUUAAGUCUGUCAGCCUUGAGGGCUUCUCCUAUCGAACUAUUUGGGUGGUCCCAGGAUAUAAUUAUGAAUUCAAAUCUCUUGUUGAAAAUAUUGCUGUUCAGCUGUCUGUGUUUUCUUCUAAUGAGGAGUGGGAGGAAGAUGAUAAUGUAGAGAUGGAGCAGCAGGAGCAAGGAGUGGCCUUGGAAAGUCUGAAACGGAGAAUACUGGAAAAGCUUGACUUAAUGAAAUCUGCAAAACUUAGACAAAUGAAAACUGCAAAGAAUGAAGAGAAGAAACUUGGAAAGCCUGAACCAAAAGCAACAGUGAAGGUUGAUCAGAAUGAUGCUCCUAUGGCUGGAAAAGAUCCAUAUCUUCUUGUAGUUCUGGAUGAUAUUAUUUACAAGGACGAAAAGAAAAUUCUUCUUGAUUUAAGUGGCCUCCUCCAUGGGCACCUUCUUAAGGUUUUAAUCACACGAAGGGGCAGUGAUACCGGUAUUGGCAAUGAGGGAAAUGGGGAUACAAUUCUGACUGAGGAUAGAAGACUAUAUGAAAUCAAAUUCCUGUCUCCUAUCGACUCAUCAAAAUUACUGCGGAAUAGGGUCAAGGAGGAAGUUUCUAGGGCAACUGCGUUUGAAAGACUGUCUGCAGCUAUUGGAAAAAGUAGCUCUGGUCAUCCUGGGGCAAUUAUUGUGAUGGCAGAAGCCAUGAAUCAUGUUAAAGACUCUGAAUUGGACAAUGCAGUUGAAGAAGCGGCCUCUAUACUUGAAUCUGCUGAUAUCGAAACAUUGUUGCAGCAUGUGUAUAAAAUGUUGCCAAGCACUCUCAAUAGGUGCUGUUGGCACUGCAGAUACUUGUUUCUCCAUCAUGAUAGCAUCCACUACAAUGAGCUGAUAACUCACUGGUUACUGGAGGGGUAUUUUGAUCACCAUGAUCAUAUUGAGAAGGCCUACGAGGAAGCACAUCGUACUCUGAUGGAGCUCAAAGAUCGUGGAUUUCUAAGAGAAAAAGACAAUAGUUAUGUUUAUAUGGAAAGUGAUGCUUUGGGAGUCACUGAUCACCGGCGCGAUGGACUUAGCGGGUCUGCAUGUGUUGGCAUGGCUAGUGUACUGAAUGGCCAAACUUGCCAAACUUGGGCUGGUCUUGGGAUGGUUAUACAGACGGAUGGGAUAAUCAAAACACGUUGUGGGAAAAGGACUGAGAUGUCCACGCUCCUUAUAGAUGGUGCUCGUUUUUGCAGGGAAGUCCCUGAAACAUUAUUCCAAAGCAUGCACAGACUUAAAGUCCUGGUCAUCUUAAAUCCGAUGUUCAAAAAACUGCCUUCAGCACUUUCAAAAUUGAAGGAGCUUCAAGCACUUGUUCUGAGGGGCUGUCACCUACUGGAGAAUGUGGAUGAGAUCCACGAACUUACAAACUUACUCGUUCUUGAGAUAUCUGGGGCUCGUUUCGUGGAGGAAAUCUGUGAUAAUCUUUUUGAGCAGAUGAAAGAUCUUAGAUCUCUUAACUUAUCUGAAGUUGGCAUUAAGUGGCUUCCUGCUUCUGUCUUAAAUCGGAGCGAACUCCGUUGGCUCAUUCUUAGAAAUUGUCCAAAUUUGAGACAAUUGUGUGAUGUUAAUUUAUUGAAGACAAAGGAAUCGGAAGUUCUUUCAAUGGCAAAACUUGAAGUGUUUGAUUUCUCUGGUUCAGACUCUUUUCGAAAUAUCCUGGUCAAGAAUCUCUCUUCUCUCCCGAAACUUCAAAUUCUCAAUCUUUCCAAAACCGGAAUUGGGCGCUUGCCCUACUUUCGCAAUUUGGGAGAGCUCACUCGACUCCUCUUAAGUGACUGUCCAUCCCUGACAAGACUUCCCACCCUAGAACCAUUACCUAAACUAGAGAUUCUUGACCUCUCGAAGACAACAGCUUUGAGAGAUUUACAAGAUGAUUCUCUGCAAACUAAAAUUGACCUUAGAAUUCUGGAUCUCUCAGGUAGUGCUGUAAAUAAGAUACCUCACAAGAUGAGCAGCUUAUCUCAUCUUCUUUUGAGUGGUUGUGUGAAGCUUCCCACAUUGCCAUCCACGCAGGGCUGCGAAGACCUUGAGGAGCUGAACCUUUCUGAUGCCUCUAUGUUAGAAGAAUUCGAAGAUAAGUCAUUUGAACAUCUUCAUUCCCUUCGCCGACUCAUCCUCUCAAAUGCUAAGAUAAAAGCUCUGCCAUCACUUUCUGAAAAUUCUGAACUCCGUUUGCUUAUGGUGAAGAAUUGUAAAUUCCUUACUAAGUUGUCAAACUUGAGUAAACUUCAGAAACUGGAAGUUCUUGAUCUCUCGGGAUGCUAUGAGUUGGUGGUAGCAAGCAAUGACUCCUUUUGGGGCAUGUCUCACCUGAAGACCAUCAAUCUUUCAGAGACUAAAAUUGAAAGCCUUCCUUCAAAUUGCUUUCCUAUCAGCCUUCGUCAACUGAUAAUGAGAAAUUGCACCUGCUUGAAUGACCUUCCUUCCUUGGAAGCUCUGUUAGACCUAGAGGUACUUGACCUCUGUGGUGCAAUAUCUUUGAGCAAUAUAAACCUUGAGUUUCUUCGCCAUAUGAGCAAACUAAGGAUUCUCAACCUCUCUGAAAUAAAAUUUGAAGAACUGCCAUCUCUGGCCCACCUCACUCACCUUAGGGAACUCUCUCUGAGAGGUUGUUCCUGUAAAGUGUCUGAGCUGGAUGCUCUAAAGGAGCUCGAGCUGCUGGAUCUAUCGGGGACCAAAGUUGAGUCUUUACCCACCCUUGGGACUUUUAGCAAGCUUCGGCAACUACUUCUGAGAGAUUGUGCUGAUUUGGAAGAUUGGGAAAAUUUGAAGUCCCUUACCGAAUUGGAGGUUCUAGAUCUUUCAGGGACAAAAAUGAAAGAUUUUCCUUAUGAUGUCUCAAAUCGGACUACCCUAAGGAAGCUCAAUCUGCAGGAUAUGAAGCACAUUAAAGAAAUUGACUGGAAGAAGAUAAAGUAUAUUCCAGAGGAGUUCAACUUGGGAGGCUGUGGACCCCUAAGUUCUGAGAGUUCCGAAUCUCCUGAGUGGCCUUCCAUAUCAUUAUGUGGUACCAAAUUUCUCCAGCUCUUGGAGGAAAAUCCUAAGUUGUGGGAUACAUGCUUCCAAAAAUUCCACUUUGCUGUUUGGCUUCCCAAAAAUGAAGAUGGAAGGAUACACGACCUUGGAGAUGGGGGCCUACUGAUGGAUAUCAACUCUCAGCGAAGAAUUCCUCUUGGUAAAGAAAUGGGGCGGUAUCUGGAGAUCCAUGGAUCCUAUUGCCGUUCCGGUCUACCUGAACAUGUUCUCGAGCAUGCGGAUCACAUAUCGCUGAUUGAUGAUAGAUCUUUUAGUCACCUAUCUGAGCUUGUUAAAGAGAAUUUGACAUCAGUAAAGAGCUGUUGGCUUGAUUGUUGCAUGAAUAUCCAUAGCAUAGUCGAUGGGGAAGAAGAAGCCAGAGCUUCGGGAAAGCUUGAGUUUCUUUAUCUGUGUAAUCUCUCUUCCUUAAGAUCCGUAUGUGAUGAUAAAGUGCAGUCUGAGGUCUUCGGAGGUCUAAAGAGCUUGUUUAUAGAUUGUUGCCCAAUGCUCACUGAGAUUUUCCCAUUGUCCCAGCUUCCAAAGAAGCUCGAAAAUCUCCAAGUCAAAUUUUGUGAUGAAAUGAAAGAGCUAUUUAACCCUGGUGUGUCCACAGAAUGUAACUUGCAGACCUUGGAUCUUCUGGAAUUACCAAAGCUUGUGAGAAUUGGGGUUAUGAUGGUCUCCCUGCGAGUACUGAAAGUGAGAUGGUGUCCAAAUCUGGAGAAUCUAGCGGAAGUGCUUGGACAAGCUGAAAAUCUGGAAAUUCUCCAUAUUUCCUAUGCUGAUGGGGUGAAGAGCAUAUGCAGUCAGAAAGUGAAGCCGGGGAGCUUAAAAAAUCUAGAACAGCUAAAAAUAGAAUCUUGUCCUCAGCUCAAAGAAGUUUGUCCCUCAUCCAAUUUACCGCCAAACCUGAAGAUUCUUGAGAUAAGCUCAUGUCAAAGCUUGGAAACUAUAUUCAGAGGCAGGUUGGCAGGUCCUUCGUUGUCAAGUUUACGACUGUGCAGCUUGCCUAGUCUAAGCGGCACUGUGUUCAAAGUACCAGGUCAACGCCAUGUUGUCAGAAACUGCCCAAAUCUGCAAAUAGACCAAUCCGGUUAAGUGGGAGGCAUUUCUUCAGUCAUGAAUCUGUGAUGAUCCAUUGAAUGCAGGAGAAAUUGCACCUGAAAUGUCUGGCAGCUCUUCUCUUCCAUAAUGCAUUAUAACAUUCAUGGCCAUCAUGAACGAAUGGAGAAAUCAUUGGAGGCUUACUGGAUGCAAUGUCCAACCACACUUGUUGUAACUUAAUCCAUAUGUUCCUUGAGAGAUGUGAUGCAGCAUAGAAUUAAGACACUGGAUGUCAAGUGUGACUUAAUUGUUUCAUCCAAGGAAGUCUGUGAGGCCUAUGCCGUUCUUUCAUGUUUGGUUUCAGGUUCCUUAUUUUGUAUGGACACUGCCAUAUCUCGACUAAUCCAAAUCCCACAUAAAUUGAGACCUUUGCAA